AUGAAACGUGCAAGGAGCUGGAGUCCGAAAAUAAAAAAAACCGAUCUCACUCAGGAUUUCUUACGUGGAAGAAUAAAUUUAGAGUCCCCCAGCGGUCCCGUGGAUUUGUCUCUUGCUUCAACAGUGUUUGGACGGAACAGACCCGGCGCCUUCCCCGCUUCCAACCUCCGACUACCCUCCAACUUCACCUCAAGGCGUAACCUCGGGAUCAUCUCAACCACCUCCUAUUUUCGGGACCAGCGAACACCUUUUUUUUUGUUAGCCCCAAAACCUCGACCAACUUUGAGCACUCAGAUCCGUCAAAAUUAUUCCGCCGAAGCAGAAGCUGGCGUCAACCGUCUGGUCAACCUGCACCUGUGGGCCUCUUACACCUACCUCUCUCUGGGUUUUUAUUUUCACCGCGAUGAUGUGGCCUUGGAAGGCGUGGGCCACUUCUUCCGCGAGUUGGCGAGUGAGAAGCGCGAGGGUGCUGAGCGGCUCUUGAAGCUGCAAAACCAGCGCGGCGGGCGAGUCCUCUUCCAAGAUAUCCAGAAGACAUCCCAGGAUGAUUGGGGUAAAACCCUGGACGUUAUGCAGGCAGCGCUGGCCUUGGAGAAGAACCUAAACCAGGCCCUUCUGGAUCCGCACGCCGUGGGUUCCGCCCACACUGAACCCCAUCUCUGUGACUUUCUGGAGAACCACUUCCUGUACGAGGAAGCGAAACUGCUGAAGAAGAUGGGUGACCAUCUGACCAACAUUAGGAGACUGGGCGGCUCCCAGGCUGAGCUGGGCGAGUAUCUCUUUGAGCGUCUCACCCUCAAGCACAACUAG